CAGAUGCAAGGGGGGAAAUGCAUCUGUUACCCUGCAACCUUGGGUGGCUGAGAGUAAUGUAAUAGAAAAGAUCUUCCUCCAACGUGUGAUGCUGUGACAGAAAAGAUGAGACACACACGUUGAGUUCUCGUCAACAUCCAAAGGAAGAUUUAUUCUUUUUGUGUGCUAAGAUACUCCAGGAAAUUCCUGAGAGUUGUUGUAAUCUUUGGAAUAAGCUAUUCUCAAACUCACGUCCCUCAUCAUGAUGUAGUUUCUCUGGAUAUCCAAAACGAGGAAUGAAAUCUUGAAAUAUCUUUUCAGCUGCUGUUUUUCCGGAUUUGUUUCUCGUUGGCUAUGCUUGUGCAAAUCGAGUGAAAUGGUCAGCGACAAUCAGGAUAUACUCAUAACCUCCUUUGCUUGGCUCCAAAUGCAAAUAAUCAAUAGAGAUCAACUCAAAUAGAGUAAUGGUUUUGAUGGAUCCCAUUGGGGCUCUCUGUGAGACAUUGGGAUGUUUUUGUUUAAUACAUUGACAUUUCUUGGUCACAAAUCCUCAAUGUCCUGUUGCAUGUUCAGCCAUUAAAACUGUUCUCGAGCAAGAUGGGUCACCUUGUCAGGACCAACAUGGUUCAUGUCGUCAUGCAAACUCUUUAACACCUAAUGAUUUGCGUUUUUCGGGGAGAACCAGCUGUCUGUUUAGUUCUGUGUUCCGGAAAAGUAGCCCGUUUUCCACGACUAACUUGUUCCACUCGUACAACAGUCUCCUUGUUUCUUUAUACAUGGUUCUUUUAUCCUAUUCAUUUGGACUCCAAUUUAUUUGUUUCAAUGCCACAAUCUCCUUAAUAGCUGUAUUUUACUGUUGUUGUGUAUUUUUCUGUUGUGCCACUAUGCUCUGAUGUUUUCAGGCAUAGUGGUUGUGACACCAUCAGGUAAGUUAGUCUCAUCAUUUUCAUCAGCAAGUUGUAAUGCAGCAAGCCAGGGAACAUCAUUGCUUUGUGUUGCUUUGUUGCCUUGCCACACUGCAGACACUACUUCAAUCUGGAUGCCUUCUCCUGAAACCAUUCGUCCUAGAUAACGAAUUUGUCUCUUGAAAAGCUUGCAUUUGGCUGGUCGAAGUUUAAUGCCACGUUGUUGCAUUCUGCAGAAAACUUGUCUCAGAUGGUCCAUGUGUUCCUCAAAUGUUCUUGAGUAACAGAGUACAUCAUCUAAAUAAGGUACACAGGACUCAUCCCUGAUUCCUUCUAAUACACCUUCCAUACAUCUCUGGAACACAGCUGGUGCAUUGGUCAGUCCAAUGGAAUCCUUAUCCAUUCGUAGAGACCCCAAGGUGUGCUAAAUGCUGUCAGAUGUUUGACUCCUCACUCACAAAACCUUGGUGAUAUGCACUUCCUUGAUCCUUCUGGACCAAGGAAGUGCAUAAAUAAAAAAUUAUGUUUGGGGUGUCUAUUUUCUUACUUAUUGUCUUUAUUUACGAGUAACUUGUUUUUCACACCUCUACACAUCUGCAUGUAAUUUUCUACAAAGUAGAGAUUUUGGUCACAUGAUAUCGAUGCUGGAGUCUCUAUACUGACUUCCUGCUAAUUUCAAGAAAGUUGCAACUGCUUUUUUGUGUCCUAAUCUUAGUUCGGCCCUUAUUUCUGGGUGAACAUUAAUAUGCACCCAUAAAUCUAAACCAACACUCAAGUUAAUUAUUUAUAGAUCUGCUUUAAAAGCUGAAGUACCAGAGCUUCUUGAAGGCAUCACUUAAUUUAAGGGGAAACUACAUUGGCACAUUAAAGUCACACUGACCAAAAUAUUUUAUCUUGCUUGUUCUCAGAGUUGUCUGCUGAGUCAUUUGGGUCAUCUGGGUUGCCGUCUUCAUGUUAUUUGGAUCCUGUGUUGGGACUCCACAAGGGAACGAAUGUCAAACUCUGACGGAUCGCCCAAUCAAACUGAAUAAGGCUACAAACUCUUUGGUUGACGUACGGCGAAUGUGAAGAAGACAUGUGUUGUGGGCUGUCAGGGAAGACUCUGGUGGUGGUGGUGGGGACAAUUUUGGUGGUUGUGGUCCUAGUAUUAGGAGCCUCUCUUGGGUCUGUAUUUGGAAAGCAGUGUGAGAAGAAAAGUCAAGAUUGUUUGCCAUUCGCUCUAGACAUGGCUCCAGACUCUGUUGAUGACAUGUACAACAACUGUGAAGUGAAGAUGAAGGAAAAAAUAGAGAAUGAAUUUUUACAAAAUGAGAAAAACAAAGAUAAAAACUUCAAAGAGGCCUGGAAUAAAGCAGAGAAAUACUACAACAGUAAAUGGGCGAACAAUAACACGCCGCUGAAGAAAGAACAAAUCAUGGCUGCUCAUGCGUACACCCUUGAAGAACCAGCUUUAUACUGUGAUUUCAACAACGCAGUUCGAAAACAAAACUCUGAGUACAAAACCACAUUCCAGUAUCACACUCUGCACUUCUACCUCACCAUGGCCCUGCGCACCAUCAAACCUACAGCAGAAAAUUGUGUCACCGUUUACCGGAGAACAAACUGUAAAUUCAGCAAAGAUGUUCAAAACAAAGAGAUUCGUCUGGGUGCUUUUUCCUCCAGUUCGAUGGGUGACUAUUCUGAUCCAGAGUUUGGUACCAAGUCAUGCUUUGAGAUCACAACAUGUUUUGGAGCAAGCAUCUCAAAGUUCUCUAAGUUUCCAGAUGAAAGAGAAGUCCUGAUCCCUCCAUAUGAGGUUUUUAAAGUAACAGCUAUAAAGGAAAACUCAAAGAAAAACAAGCUUCCUUGUGAGGUUGUUUACACGCUGGAGAGCACAAAAACAACUCAAUCCAAUUUAAACUGUGCUCUAAUCUAGAAGAAACAUCUGCAUGGUUUUAACUGAACAAUCUAGAAAUAAAAUUAACAGUAAAUUUGGACAUGAUUUGAGAUUUUUAUAGAAAACUGGAUCCUCAGUUCUGUUUAACAAUUAGAUAUGAUAACAAAUAUACAACAGUGAGUGUGAACACCUUAAAUCAUUUUAUUAAAAAAUGGUCUAGAUUGUAAAGCUGAAUUAAAUGAUAUUGAAAUGUUAAUUCAAAUCAGUUCACAUCAAUUUGAACUACUAUCAUUAACUUUCUCCUCUUAGCUUGUUGCAGCUUAAGUCUGUUUACUGAUUCAGACAUGACUUUUUAAAUAUAUUAUACUUAAAUUAUGAUGAUCUACAAACAUUUACUCUUCACACACAGUUGGGAGUUUGAUAAAUGUUAUGUUUCCAUAAACCAACAAAAUAUAAAACAUUUCAGUCAAUAUUUCAUAAUGUUUUGGUUGCAGGUCAAAUCAAAUCCAGGUAUUUGUCCUGACAGCUUCACUCAUCAAAUUCAAAUGCCAAGAAUAUUGUUAUUGGUGACCAAUCAGAAACCUUUAUGACAAGCCAUAGUGACUGUUUAAAAUAAUUUACAGUCUAUAUGUGAGAAAGGAAACUGCACAACAAUUCAGAAGACAGACAAAACAACAAUCCAUCACUUUUACUAUAUUUUGUCACUUUGAAACUCAUAAAUUUUCAUAGUGUGUUUAAAGUGAGUCAUUCCUUCUUACUGUCGCCUCAUGCUUGAUCAAGAUGUUCAUUUAAACUCAUAAUAAUUAGCUGAGCUGCUUUAGAUUGUAAUUAUUUUAUGUGACUCCAAUGAAAAACAAUCAUCUGCAUUUGACUGUAUUGUAUUAAGAAUUGAAUUGUGAACUGCAUGUGCAUCUGAAACUAGAUUUGAAUCUGCAUGAUUGGACUGUUUUAGAUCAAUAAGAUUUUAAUUUGAACCAAAAUACAUUCAGUGAGACUGAACACAAAUUUGACCUUUUUGUCUCAUGUGAGACAAUAUCUGUUGUGAAUUAUUGUCAUUUAAAACAAGUUUAAAAACUUUAGAUUUUAAAAGUGUCUUUAAAACAGUCAAAUGUUUGAUGGUCGUGAUCAUUUAUUUUGUGCAUCUGCUGUAUUUCCUGAUUGAUUUUUCUGUUUU